ACUUCCUCUGAUUUAGGAAGGCAAGGCCCUGGAUAAGAAUGACAAGACGAUCAUUCCAAAAGCUGGCCCAAGAGGGAGCGCUGUGCGGAACGUAGCGAGCUUCCUGUCACCUUGGUGUUCAAGCUGAAGCUUUGGUGCGGAUGACUCAGGACGAAUCCUGAUGGUUCUCUCUGGGACCUGCAGGAGAAGAGCUCGUCACUCAGGAACCACAGAAGUUUUAAGUCAUGGAGACUAAUGAUGACCCUGAGGAAGAUCACCUUGCAAGUUAUGAUAUUCAGCUCAGUAUUCAAGAAUCCAUUGAGGCCAGCAAGACUGUAUUUUAUCCUGAAAGAUUUGUACCCUUGAGCGAUCAAAACAGAAAGCUUGUGGAGGCCAUAAAGCAAGGUCACAUUCUUGAGCUCCAGGAGUAUGUGAAAUAUAAAUAUGCAUUGGAUGAAGCUGAUGAAAAAGGAUGGUUUCCAUUGCAUGAAGCUGUUGUUCAACCCAUUCAACAAAUACUUGAAGUGGUCCUGGAUGCAUCCUAUCAGACGCUCUGGGAGUUCAAGACCUCUGAUGGAGAAACACCCUUGACCUUGGCAGUCAAAGCUGGUCUGGUGGAAAAUGUAAGAACUUUACUAGAGAAAGGAGUGUGGCCAAACACCAAAAAUGACAACGGAGAGACACCCCUUCUAAUUGCUGUAAAAAAGGGCUCCUAUGACAUGGUGUCUGCUCUGCUUGAACACAACACCAGCCUGGACCAGCCCUGUGUCAAGCGAUGGUCGGCAAUGCACGAAGCAGCCAAGCAGGGCCGCAAGGACAUCGUAGCCCUGCUGCUAACCCGUGGAGGCAGUGUCCACCUGAGAGACGGGUUUGGAGUCACACCGUUAGGUGUUGCUGCCGAGUAUGGUCACUGUGAUGUGCUGGAACACCUCAUCCACAAAGGAGGUGACGUGCUUGCUUUGGCGGAUGACGGGGCAUCCGUGUUGUUUGAGGCAGCAGGAGGGGGCAACCCCGACUGCAUCUCCCUCCUGCUGGAAUAUGGAGGAAGUGGAAAUGUACCUAACAGAGCAGGGCAUCUUCCUAUACACCGAGCUGCCUACGAGGGACAUUAUCUUGCACUGAAAUAUCUUAUUCCAGUAACAUCCAAAAAUGCAAUCCGGAAAAGUGGGAUGACACCAAUUCACUCCGCAGCAGAUGGACAAAGUGUACAGUGCCUAGAACUGCUUAUUGAAAAUGGUUUUGAUGUCAAUGCCCUGCUUGCCGACCACAUUUCCGAGAGCUACGAUGAUGAACGGAAGACUGCGCUGUAUUUUGCUGUUUCUAAUAAUGACAUCCACUGCACAGAGCUCCUUCUGGCUGCAGGUGCAGACCCGAACCUCGAUCCCCUCAACUGUCUACUUGUGGCAGUGAGGGCCAAUAAUCAUGAAAUUGUACGGCUGCUUCUCUCCCACGGAGCUAACGUCAACUGUUAUUUUAUGCACGUGAACGACACUCGCUUCCCCAGUGCCAUUCAGUAUGCCCUAAAUGACGAGGUGAUGCUGAGGCUGUUGCUGAAUAAUGGCUAUCAGGUGGAGAUGUGCUUUGAAUGCAUGCACGGGGACAUCUUUGGAAAUUCGUUUGUGUGGUCGGACAUAGAGGAAGAGGUACUGCCGGGAUGGACGUCUUGUGUCAUAAAAGAUAACCCGUUCUGUGAGUUUAUUACAGUUCCGUGGAUGAAACACUUGGUAGGCAGCGUUAUUCGUGUAUUAAUAGAUUACAUGGAUUAUAUCCCUCUGUGUGCUAAGCUGAAAUCGGCACUAGAAGUACAGAGAGAAUGGCCAGAAAUCCGUCAAAUACUAGAGAAUCCUUGCUCCUUAAAGCAUUUAUGUCGGUUAAAAAUUCGAAGACUUAUGGGACUCCAGCGACUUUGCCAGCCAGCCUCAAUGGAGAAGCUCUCUCUACCACCAACUAUUCAAAGAUACAUAUUAUUUAAAGAGUAUGAUCUCUAUGGACAAGCGCUAAAAUUGCCAUAAUUUAAAAUAGUAUUUUAAAAUAUCUUUAAAUGGGAUUCCCUCAGAAUUUCUUGGCAUCAUUUCACAUCCUUGUGUGUAUUUAAAUCCAUUGAUGAUUUUAUAACUGGAUCCUGUGUUCUUAUAGGAACACCAUAUUUGACAUCUCUAAAGACCUUUACAUUGUGACUUUUUUAAGCUAGUCAAUAUUUUGUAUUUGAAUCUCUAUUGAUUAUUUUUGCUUGCAACAAGUCUUCAAACUCUCCCUAUCAAGUCUCUCCUAUGUUUAUAAAACAACCAUUUUCUCCACAUCUCCAGCAGGUUGCUGGCCCAUUCUCUCCUGUCUUUUAUCACCGCCCUGUGUAAAAGAGCCCCUUCCUGUCUGCAGAUUCGCACACUGUCAUCUGGCUUCUGCUCCCUCACUGCCCUUCUCAAGGUCCUUAGUAACUUCCUUGUUGCUAAUUUCAGUGAAUGUUCCUACCUCCCUGACUCUGUCUCUGGCUUCUUUCUCAUCUCCGGCCAGCCCUUCCUUUGUCUGAAGUCUCUUUUUAUGCUAUGUUCUCCUGGACAUUUCACCCAUGUCCGUGGUUUCAGUGACUGUCUACAUGCUGUUGACUGUAAAGUUUAUAUCCGAAGUUCAGCUUUUCCUCCUAUGCGCUUGAGACCUAAGUAGACUGUUGGCAUAAAGGACAUUUGAAUACAAAGAUACCUCAAAUUCAGCAGGUCCUGAAAUGAACUCACUGUCUUCCUCCACUAAAGGUCUCCUUCUCUUACAUUCUCUAGCUCAAUAGUUAACCCGGUUAUCAGUCAAGUCAAAAGCCUGGACAUCAGCCUUGCCUAUCGGUUUUCCUUACUCAACAUAACAAAUCACCAGACCCUGGUCAGUUUACUUCAUGAAGUCAUCUUCUUUGCCUCAGGUUCACUGAGUCAGCCCCCACACCAGCUUUCUUCCUGGGGGACUGCAGUGCUGCCUACCUGGUCUUCCUCUCGGCUCUCUUGCCCCACCCCACGCAUAUUCUACACCACAUCCUGGAGUGCUCUUUCACAGAUGUAAGCAAGUUUCACUCCCCUGCUUAAAACCAUUCCCACUGCUCUAAGGAUAAAGUCCAAAGGUCUUCCAUGGCCCUUCAUGAUCUAACUCCGUGACUUCCUCCUUAGUCUUAUCUCUUAAUGUCUUACCAUAUUAAAUACCUUUUGUAAGUUUAUUCUUCGAACAGUGAUUUUCGAUUUUAUACAUCGGCACUUUUUGUUUUACUAAUUUUAAAAAUGGGACAUCUGUUACAUCUACUAUUACCUCUGUCAGUGAAACACAAAAGAGGGGCCAUUUUAGUGCCACAAAAUGGGGCUGCCUUAAACUCGAUUAUAAAAAUUGAGUGACUUGAGCUUUGGAAAGACUUAGUAAACUGUCUUUAUUUCCCCACUGCUGGGUGAAAAUUUCAUCCUGGCCCAACAAGUCUCUGAAGCCUUUUGUUUGGGAAGCACUGUUGUAGAAGAGACCAGGCUCUCUUACACCUCAGGGUCUUUGCAUUUCCUUCUUCUUCUGCGUGGAAUCCUCUUUCCGCCUCCCUUUUCCCUUCUCCACCCUUUAUCCUACAGGUUUCAGCUUAGAUGUUCCUUCCUCUAGGAUGGGAGGCCCCAGUACUUCUCAUGCUGUAUCAUAGAUGCCUGUGUUCCCAUCCGUCUGCCCCACUAGACUGUAAGCUCUCUGAGGGCAGGGCCUAUGUCUGACUUAUUUUGCAGUGUUUUUUAAGGCCAAGCACAUUCCCUAGAGCACAGAGAGCGUUCCAAAAUUAUUUGUUGAAUAUAUUGAAUGAGUGAAUGUUAUAUAAGUCCCAGACAAAAGUAAUCAGUCACCUCAUGGUAAAAUGAUAGUUUUGAAUCACUGAAUUGAUACAUAGCCUUAAUAAUGUAAUGACUUAGAUUCAUUUUUCUAGAUUUUUUUUAUAGUUAUUUUAUCUUAAGAGUUAUUGUAUUCUUUCAACAGUAGUACCUCACUGGUUUAUGAACUUUUCAAAUUGUAUUUAUCUUUAGUUAUUUUUGAAAGAUAACUAAGUAUGAAAAAAAAACUGUUUAAGUAGAGCUAUGGUUUUAACUGCUUAUAUUCCCUAAAGGAUAUAUUUGUAUAUAAAUUAAAUUCUAAUAUAUUUAAUUAGAACUAUAAUGUUUUAUGUAUGGGAUUUCACAAUUCCUCUGUUGCUCUCCGACUUGUGGCUAAAAUGCAUUGUUACCCACAAAUAUUACUCUAAAUAAAUAAAAACUAAUAAUAAGGAUGCAAGUGUGCCAUAAGAUGCUUCAGAUAUUAAAUAAACUC